AUGUUGCGCCAAUGCGGGCCUGCUGCAGAUCAAUCUCCAGUUUUGGAUAUGACGCUCGAGAGGGAGCUGUAUGCGGCAGCGAUGGCGGCGGAUGAGAAGGUGAACAUGAAGCUCUCUGCUCGUUGUGAACAAAGGUUACAUGAAGCGUCUUGGCAAGAUGAGCUUGAUAAGAUGAAACAGGUGGUAGAUGAGCUCGAUACUAAGCUCGAAUAUGUGAGAGAUAGAGUAGCUCGUCAAAGCGGCUUGCUAAGGAUGAGCUCUAUUCUCGUUUAA